CCGGCCGUACCCUGAGCGCAUUACGUCACAUCGGAUCGCUAGCUAGUUUUAGCACUCUCUAUUUAUUGCAUUUUUGGUUUGGGUCAUCACGUGAGUUUGAUGCAAGGAGCACUGGAAAGAAAUUAAACUUGGACCUUCCAAGAUCACAGAUUUUCCCCAUCCCUUGUGUCGAUCAGUAUCAGAAAAACGACUACCAUCACUUGAGCAACCUCUUCACUUUGUAUCUUCUCAUUUUCUGGCAAAACUGUACACAGAGAUCAGCAUCAGUGCUUCCCAAAGUUAAACGAAACAAUGAUAAGCUUCUGAAAUAUCACUCCCACAGCCCCAUCUCAUCUGAGAAUAGGAACCAUCAUCACUCUCUUUCCUGUGCCGCACCCCACCCCCUCCCCCACCCAAGAUGCGUAAGGCAAGAUGUGCAUGGGUGCUGAUAGGAUUUUCAAUUGUCAGCGCUGCCUAUUUUCUUCUCAUCAUCCGUGAUGAGCAUUCUGAAUGGUUGGAUACAAGGACAGGGUCAAGGGUCAGGCAGGCGCUCUUUAAAAGUGAACACCUCUUGAGCAACACCAAAGUGUAUUAUCACAACUGCCCUGAAGAUCCUGAGUUUGUUGCUUCAAUCAACAAUACAGCUUAUGGACACCAAGUGGAGGGAAAGACAAACAAUGUUGUGUACGUGAGUGUUCCAAAGUGCGGUAGUAGGACCUUUGUGUGGGUGGCUUGGAUCUUGAAGGACAAGAACAACAUCAGUGCCAUCACUGACUUGCCUUACCUCCUCGCAAACAGCGAGGAAAAUAAAAUGAAAAGUCUUCUGACUGAAAAGCUUCAGUCCGUGCCCCCCGGAGGAUUGUUUCAUGGACAUAUACGCUUCAUAGGUUUCACCAACCCAGCUAUGAUGCCUGUCUAUGUGAGCAUGCUUCGAGACCCACUAGCCCGUCAUGUCUCCUGGUAUUACUUCAUGCGUUUUGGCGACGCUGAUAUGGACGUCAAUAAGCUUCAUGAGAUGAUCGUCAAGGAGGGCGUAUCAGCAGUCAAUCAGACUUAUGAUGAGUGCGUUGAGAGAGGCCGCCCUAGCUGUACAGGAGAGUACUACACAAACAUCAAUAUCAGGACAUUUUGCGGCUAUGAGGAGAAGUGCAUAACAUCACCAGAGUAUGCCUUAGAACAAGCAAAGCGUAACCUUGACAAUUUCCUGGUCGUCGGGAUCGUUGAGGAGUAUGAAAGCUUCCUCCGUGUCAUAGAGCGUCUGCUGCCAUCUAUGUUCGGUGGUGCCAUACAUGAUUAUCAGGCUAACAAAGAUGAAUUCUCUGCAGUCUCUAAGACGUCUUUCAAGAAGAUGCCCAGCGCAAGGUCGGUGGAAAUCAUGAAAGAAAGGAUGAAAUUAGACUACGAGUUCUACGACUAUGUCAAGGAGAGGUUUCACAAGCUAAAGCGCCAUCUAGGGGUGGAUCGGUGCAUCUAGUGCAGGUAUCAACCGUGAAAAUGAGGUUCUUUUUAUCCUCGGCUGAUAAUGAAAGGGAGAAGGGGACAGGGGUCAGGUUAAGGGGAUGAUAAGAACGUUCAGAUAGAACACCUGUAUAUUCCCCAAAAUGGGGUCUGCUCGCUAUUCAUAAGGACCGCUAUUUAUGUAGUCACGCAUUAUGGAUAGCGGUCCUUAUGUAUAGUAUAGAUAUAUUGACUGCUAUGAGAGGCCUGGCUGUUUUAUAGGCUCAAGGGGACGUUGCUAUUUAUAAAGGCCGCUAUUCAUAAAGGAUCGCUAUUCAUUUUGUUACACGUUAUGGAUAACGGUCCUUAUGAAUAAUGGUCUUUGUUAAUAGCGGUCCUUAUGGAUAGCGAGCUUGACCCCCCAAAAUAGAGAAAGAAGCAUGAACAUUUCAUUGUGAUGAGUGAGGUUGCUUGAAAGUGUGUAAAAUAUCAAAGUACUAGAACACAUGCAUUUAUUCAGUGAAUUUGAAAAGAAAAAAAUGAUACAUGUAGAGUGGCUUAUUCGGUAAUAUACUUGGUAAUAUUUCAAAGACGGGUGUAUUUAAACAAAAAUGUCUGAGUAAAACUGUAAAGUCGAUAUGGUAUUGAAUUAUAUGCACUGUAUGUGUGCAGAUUCUAUCAAGAUGUGUUCCAUUUUGUAAAUUUUUUCAACAUGAUAGUCAAAUCUAACACAUCUGUUCAAUUUUUACCAAGUUAUGCUCUGCAUGUAAUAAAGGCAGUUUAUUACAUUUAAAAAAAUCAAACCUUAUUCAAAAAUAGUACUUGUCAUGGAUUUUGGAUUUGCAUUUUCUAUUUCCUACAAUAUAUCAUGAAUAUUUUUUAUCUGAAGGAGUAAUUUGAUUAUGAAAGUUAGGACCUUUCCAUGAAGAUUAUUAUGAAUACAAAAGUCAUAAAGUCAGUGAAUUUGGAUUAUGAGCACUUUCACAGAUUGCCUUCAAUUAUACUUAACUUAACAUAUUAAGUGGGAGAGUUGAGAAACCAUUGUGCUGGAUAUUUGUGUAGAAUAUAGGUCUAUCCUUUUACUGCAAUUAUCAAGUCAUUUGAAAACCACUCUGGCAAGAUAAUAUGUCUUAUGUGAAAAUGAGUGGCAGAUUGUGGUGAAUAUAAGUAGAUGUGCACAACAAAGAAUCCUAGUAAAGUCCUUUGUAUUAAAGUAUUCUUACUUACUUGAAAUAUUUUAUAAAAAAUACAUAAUCGCAGUCCUAGGACUGCAUUGACAUGGAUUAAAAAUGUCUAAUAGAAGAAAGACUUUCAAAUUGAGUUGACAAAGAAAACGAUAUAUCAUGUAUACAAAUAUCAUAAAAUAUAAACAUUUCUGGUUUUCUGCUAUAAAUUCAGUGAACCUACUAUUCAUAUCAUUCAGGAUUACUUUCUUCUAAAUAAAUAUUUAUGUCAAGAAAGUUGCUGGAAAGACAAAGAAAUGUGAAUCUUUGAUGUCUAACCAAGUAAAUAAGUGAAAUCUUGAACCCCAUAAUUGGACAUGCCAAAUUAAUAAGCUAAUAGAAUAUUCUUCACGAGGCAAUAACUGUCAAUCGAAAGCAAUAUCUAUGCUUCAACUGUGUGCAGUUUGUUAUCCAGUUGUAAUUUUUUCAUUUUUAUACUUAAUGGAACUUUGUUCGACUGCCUUUAAUCAUUUGAUAAUUUAUGUUUGUGUGUUUAUAAGUUUAUUUUGAGUCUUUCAUUGAAGUAUUUAGAGAGCCUGAAUGAAAGUAUGUAACAAAUUAAUAGUUUAAAUUGAAUUAUUAAGCUGGGAAGUGUACUAUUUAAGUGAAUAUUCAUUUAAAAUACAGAGUAAGCAAUUCUGAAAAUACUAGUUAAACAAUCAUGUUCAAUUAAUUGUAUUAAUAAUAGUACUGUACAUAAGUGGGCCUAUAUACAUGUACCUUGAAACUAUUCAAAUGUAUUAGAGUAGCAAUAGAAUGAGUUCGUGCUGGGCACGAUUAGGUAUAUUGGCAUGUACCGAUUCAUUAGAAAGUACUAGUCCGUGAAAAUCCAACUGUUUGUACCAUAUUUACCCAGAGAGCUCAUUAAUUGGUGCUUUUUUUACAAGUUACCAGUAUUUAUUUGCAUUGUGGGCUGAAUUUUAAAGGGACAGUCAACCUUUGUGAUAAUUUAAUUUGUAUAAAAGCAGAAAAAUAACGGUAUGGCAAAAGUUUGAUGUAAAUCAGACCAAUAAGAAAGUCAUGAAUGUUUGAAAUCUGAGAUCCCUAAUUCCAUGGAAAUUUGGUCAGUGGACUGUGACGUACAUGUAGUCACGGUCAACCCUCAUGUUUGGCUUGUACUAAUAGAAAGCAGAAAAACCAGAGAAGCACACUGGUGAAAGUUUUAACAAAAUCGGAUAUAAGAUAACAAAGUUGUGAAUUUUAAAAAAAUUGUAAUUACCGGUACUAUAGGUUUGCUACCCAUAAUAUUUGUUGAGUGGUGCCCAAAGGGAGAAAGAGCUUGGAAUCACAAAAGUUAAUGACAUAUUUAUACAUGAGAAACAGUAUUUAGGAGCUGAAAACUAGAUAGAUUGCUGUCACGGUAUUUCAAACGUCUGAAAUUUUUUAUCAGGCUGUCUGCGAAGAGAUGUCAACCUUGUAUGUGAAUUCCUUUCCUUUACGAUUUCACAAUUUGGGCAUUACUAUAUUUAAGCAUUUAAGAACAAAAAUGUGUGACGAACAUGUACUACGUAACACCAACUUUUUUAAAAACUAUUUAUUUUACUUUAUUUAUAUGCCAAAGCCCAAUGUGUCUUCAUAGUAAUAGGUAUAUUAAGUUGCAUUGUUCAUGUAGAAGAGAAGCAGCGUUUAAUGUGAUCUUGGAGAGUAGUCAUAUGAAUGAUGUAUGUUUAUUACAGGAAUAAUUGUAAUAUUUUUGUUUUGUAUCUGUUUAUAUAUUUUUACACUAACUUUGUAACUUUAUUUUUUUCUACUGUAAUUUAUGCAUAGCCUAGAGAUAAUUUGUUUCUUUUGUGUUUUUUUUACAUGUGAGUAUGCUUAUAAGUAUUCUAUUGCAAUGUGACUAACAGUAUUCUUUUCAUUAAGAGCAAUGUCGUUAUUAUACAGGGAUAAUUAUUAAUCACUUUGUAUUCAUGUUAUUAUGCUGAUUUUUGUAUUGAGAAAAGUAUUAAACUAAUUUAACUCGUAAUAAUGCUUUGCCACGGAAUGGUACAAUUAAAUUUUUAAUUGAAAAAGAA